AUUUCAUCACUUUUCUUCUCCAGAUCCAAAUGUUACAAAAUUCUUAUAUUGCCUUUAAAAUGGUUGACAACGGCACAAAUAAAAAUAGCUACAAUGUAUUGCAAUUACUACGUGACACGAAACUUAAUUGAUCCCCGAUCCCCAGUCCGUCAUACGGUCAUACCCCGAUAGAGUAGGAUGCUGUGUUGCAUUUUUUCAAAAGCAUCUUCUCAACGACUCUUUCUUUUUUUUUUUUUCUUCUUUUUAUCGGGAUUAUUUUCCUCGCAGUCCCACUAAUAACGAAGACAACAGGUUAACACUUCGUUUCGUUGUCUCCAUAACAUGGGUUGCUGAUCCCGACAAUUGUAACGAUCCUCCUUCGAUUUUGGAACGAAAUACUUCCCCCCCCCCUCUAGUGGGGGAUUUGAUCACUGCUUACAGCUUUGCGACUAACUGUUGUUGUAUGUCGAAGUCAAUGUUGUGGUAGUUUACUAGUUUGUGGAGUUUGCUGGAUUGACUAAUGCAUCUUGCAGUUUAAAAUGUCAUCGUCUAAAGAAAAUAAGAAGAGACGUGGUUCAUACUGUUUCAUUUGUGGAUUUAUUGACGGUGAUAGAUUUGGGUUUUUUGCAGUUAACAAAAAGAGGCUUUCGGAGUGGGAAAAAUUGAUUCCCAAACCUGGAUUGAAGAUUGGCUCUCCUAUCUGUGGUCGGCAUUUCGAUAUCGAUGACAUUAUCAAAGGAAGAGAAAUAGGAGGAAUUUUUUUCUCAUUCAAGAAAUGGAGUCUCAAAGACCUUGCAGUACCCAAACAUUUACUCUGUAAUAUUUGCUGCAAACUUGGUGAUCAUCCUGCCAAAUCCCUUAAUUCUUCCCAAGUUAAAAAAGGUAUUUUGCGAAACAAUUCAAAAUGUAAAACAACAGAUUCCAGUUUUCACCAGAUGGAUAAAGAUCCAUACAUCAAUAUGGACUUUCCCAUAAACCAAGUGAUCCCAGGCAAGGAGAGUGUUACAGUCAAUCAACCAGACUCUGCCAGUUUAUCUCCGACUGAAUUCGUAGCAACUAAUGUCUGUUGUCGUCCGAUGGAUGAGCCCGAUGAAGAGCAAACAAUCAAUGUUGCCGAGCAUCCGUCCGUUUCUGGCGAUUCUAUGACAUAUGCAAACGAGCCCUCUGUUCCGAAUGUGCCAAGCACCAGUUUUGACUUUGGUUCGCUAUCACGCGUUAUUAAGCUUCCUAGUAACUGGCGUUGGGAUAUUGUCGACCAAAGCUGCUACACAACGAUUCUAUCUGGAAAAGAGUUUGUUCACAAGAUCGUUUUCAUAACAGACAUGUUGCUGACCUUCUUCAUUAACGGAAGAGAAGUUAUUUUCCCAUUUCUGAAGCACGACAGAAUAUGGAAACUUAUAGACUUGCAACGAGCUCUUUAUGAGUUCGACACACUACAUCCUUGCCCUGGUAUGCUGGAUCGCUCCUUGUGCUCAUCAUCAUGUCGCAACGUUAAGAAUUCACACGGAACUGAAUUGCGCUCCUUAAUAUGUAAAUCAGUUUGCAACAAAGACGAAAAACAAUGUCACAACUGCCGCGUGCAUGAAGGGAAACUCCACUAUCUCAAGACGGCUCAAUCUCGAAGGGUUGCUUCUCUUACCAAAAGACUGAAAACGAAUCAGAAGAAAGUUCAGCGCUUCAUUCUGCACGGAAAGAUUGGUGCACUAACUGUGAACAACUUACGACGCAGUAUCCAUACCAUGUCCGCCAAUCCAAUAUCGAAAAAGAUGAAACGCUUACCGAUUACCUUGAUGCGUAAGUCGAAAACAAAUAUGUGAAUAAAUUAUUGUGAUAUAGCUUCUGAAAGCCAAAAAUCGUAAAGUUAAAAAGUUAAAAUCUAACGUUGUGUCAGUUGAAAACCAAGGUGUGAAUAAUAAAAUAUGUGCUAGUUGAA